AUGUCUGAAAGUGAUUACACUAAACUGCUAGCAUUAUUUGUCUGCGUUGCUUUCUUUGCAUCUGUUGCUGCUGGAGAUAGCGAAGCAAAAGCUCUGUUGAAGUGGAGAGAUAGCUUUAAAGACCAAAGCAAAGCUAUGUUGUCCACUUGGAAGAAUGAUACUAAUCCUUGCAGGCAGUUGUGGAGGGGAAUUUCUUGUGAUGAGUCCAUGUCUGUGUCCAAUAUAAGUCUCUCAAAUCUUGGUCUUCAAGGUACACUUUCCACUCUCAACUUCGCUGCCUUUUCUAGUCUCCUCCACUUCGACAUAAGUUACAACCAAUUUUAUGGAUACAUUCCCCACAAAAUUGGUAAAUUGUCUAGUAUUGCGAUGUUGAGUUUGUCAGAUAAUUCGAUUAAGGGUCACAUUCCUCCUGAAAUUUGGAAUCUGACCACUCUAAGUCAUCUUGAUCUUAGCACAUGUAAUCUCACAGGAAAAAUUGCCCAUGAAAUUGGGAAUUUGAGGAAUUUGAGGCUCCUAUGGCUUGGAGAAAAUUCCCUUUCUGGUCCCAUUCCUGAAGAGAUUGGAUGGUUGAGUAAUCUUGUUGACCUUCGCUUGGGAAGGAACCCUUUGUCAGGUAGAAUCCCAUCAUCAAUUGGAAACUUGACCAUGUUACAAGUACUUUAUCUUUAUCAAAACAAUCUCUCAGGUCCUAUUCCAACUGAAUUAGGAAAACUCUAUUCUCUCAUUAACAUUCAGUUAUAUGAAAAUAGACUUUCAGGGCCAAUCUCUCCUUCUAUAGGAAACCUAACAAAUCUUGUACGAUUGUCCUUUUCUAGUAACAGACUUUUUGGUCCAAUUCCUCCAUCCAUUGGUAACUUGAUCAAUUUAGAUGAUUUCCACCUUCGAAACAACAGUCUUUCAGGAUUUAUUCCUUCCACUAUAGGAAAUAUCACAAAGCUCACUGUCCUUUACUUGGACAACAACAGUUUUAGCGGUCAACUUCCACGAGAAAUGAAUAACUUGACAAGUUGGUAUAACAUACAGCUGAGUUAUAAUCAUUUCAGUGGUCCUUUACCACAAAAAAUUUGUCAAAGUGGCAUGUUAUAUGCCCUCAGUGCUAAUGAUAACCAUUUCAUUGGUCCUAUUCCAACAAGUUUGAAGAAUUGUUCUAGUCUAGAAAGGCUCAGGCUUGAUAAUAACCAAAUAGUUGAUAAUAUAACAGAUGCUUUUGGAGUAUAUCCUUAUUUGGACUACAUUGAUCUUAGUGGUAAUCAACUGUAUGGUCACCUUUCAUCCAAGUGGGGGAAGUGUCAAAAUCUCACACGAUUGAUUAUUCACAAUAACAAGCUUUUUGGUGAUAUACCACCAGAAAUAGGAGAGGCAACUAAACUUGGGUUACUUAACUUGUCUUCAAAUCAUUUUUCUGGACAAAUUCCAAAACAACUGGGGAAGUUGAUCAUGUUGAUAGAACUCUCCUUGAGCAACAAUAACUUCUCUGGCUUGGAUUUUUAUCCAACUUGCGAGUAUUGA